AUGGAAGAAGAUCGGACAAAGGUACUGCCCGGCCCAGACAAUGACGUCUGCGCAGCUCAGCUUUUGCCGCUCCAUUCACCCGGCGUAUGGAACCUAACAAAUUCGAACACCAUUCUCCGUUAUCUUUUGCCAACGCUUCACUUGCAAUUGGCUAUUAUCUUCAUCCUCACUCAAUCUCUCCACAUGUUGUUGAGACGCUUCCAUGUGUCCCGGACCGUCACCGAGAUCCUUACUGGUAUAAUACUAGGACCGACUUUUCUGGGACAAAUUCCGGGGUUUACCGCAACAUUUUUCCCCAUAGAAAAUACGUUUUUACUGGACUCGUUAGCGAAAACUGGCUUCGUUUUAUUCGUGUUCCUCAUGGGAGUGAAGAUGGAACCAAGCAUGGUGAUGAGAACUGGUAAAAAGGUGUGGACUACAGGAUGUGCUUCGGUCUUACUUCCCAUAUUUAUGGGCAUGAUCUUUGCUACAUGGAUGGAGGAUUAUAUAAACUUCACAGCCAGACCAACUAUCAAUUACAUUAUAUUAUUACAAACCAUAAGCCCAUUUCCUGUCAUUGCUUGCCUCCUCAAUGACCUAAAAAUCACAAACUCUGAGAUCGGCCGCGUUGCUUUAGCUACAGGAUUGAUCAGGGAGUUAAUCAGUUUAGCACUUCAUACUCCCCUCAACUAUACUAGAGUUUCAGCACAAGGCGGGUCAUUUAUGACCGGGGGACUAACCCUACUUCUCUAUAUAUUUUUCAUCAUUACUAUCGUCAUCAUCCUGCGCCCAAUGUUUCUAUGGAUCAUUAAACACACACCCGAAGGUAAGCCAGUGGACACGAUCUACAUUGGUUUCAUUUCUUCCGGGGUCCUCCUCUCCUCCAUAAUCUGUUACUUCUUAGGCACUCAGAUGUUCCAUUUUGGUCCGCUCAUACUCGGCCUGGCUGUUCCUGUCGGACCACCUCUAGGAUCCGCACUGGUAGACAGGUUCGAAACCCUUUCCACGGGUAUACUUACGCCAUUGUAUAUGACUUUCUGUGGCAUGAGAACAAAUUUUCUUAUUAUACAAAACUUAAGAAUUUUGUCUAUGUUAAGGACCAUCCUACUUGUUGGUACUCUAACCAAAUUCAUAGGGUGUUUCAUUCCUUCAUUGAUGUGGAAAAUGCCUCUCAAAGAUGCAACUACCCUUUCACUCAUCCUCAGUGCUCAAGGCGUUGUCGAAAUGGCCGUUCUUCACAGCUACUUGCAAAAUAAGACAUUAAGUGAAGAAGCUUUCGCCAUGGUUACCCUAUCAGUCUUAAUAACAGCAGUGAUUGUACCGUAUCUUGUGAGAUUUUUGUACGACUAUUCGAAGACAUAUAUAGGCUACCAGAAAAGAAAUAUUCAACGGUCAACAGACAAUGCCGAGCUGCGAAUAUUUGUGUGUGUCCAUAGACAAGACGACGCCAUAGCGGCCAUUAAGCUACUUGACAUUUCCAAUCCUACACGAGAAAGUCCUCUGCUAGUCCAUGUACUCCACCUCAUGGAGCUCAAAGGCCGAGCCACCCCACUCUUAAUCAACCACAAACUCGGCCAAAAGAUAUCCGCUGCUUCUCACUCACGGAAGAUCAUCGACGUUUUCGAUUACUACGAGAAUAAAUUAGCAGGGUUGGUCAGUGUGCAUGCCUUCACUGCAAUAUCAAUGCCAAAGUUCAUGCACCAGGACAUUUGUUCGCUAGCCUUCGACAAGUUGAUGUCUCUGGUAAUACUUCCGUUUCAUAGGAAAUGGAAUUCUCAAGGCAAAAUGAUUGUGGACAACAAUAUCUCGAGGUCUAUCAACCUUCAGGUCAUGGAGUUGGCCCCUUGUUCGGUUGGCAUUCUUGUUGACCGUCGCAAAAUACAGCGCACCGCGCCAGUUUCGCCACUGUCUCGUGUGGCUGUACUCUUCUUGGGAGGUGACGAUGAUCGUGAGGCGCUGGCUUAUGCUAAACGGAUGGCGCAAUCCCCAGCUGUUCACUUGACAGUUCUGCGGCUAGCGGCGGUGGAGAACACGGGUGAGGAAAAUUGGGAGACCAUCCUUGACACAGAGAAUUUGAAGGACAUAAGGCUGCAAAGUUCACUUAGAGGUAAUGUGAUGUAUAGAGAGGAGAAGGUUUCCGAUGGACCGGGCACGGCUACGAUAGUGCAUUCCAUGGAGGAAAUUUACGACCUCAUCAUAGUGGGGCGGCACCACAGAUCGGAUUCACCGGUACUGUCAGGCCUGUUGGAGUGGGCUGAGGUGCCGGAGCUUGGGGCAAUCGGAAAUCUACUCGCAUCUCCAGAUGUUAGUCAACCAGUUUCAGUCUUGGUGGUGCAACAGCAGUACACCAAGUAUAAGCUAAAGUAG